CCAUCAAUUUUUUAUUGUCGGCCAGUUUCAUCCAAAUCCUAGCUCUCCUUUCCGUUGUUUCUUCACAGCCUCGAUACUUCAACCAUUUUUCCUUCACCUGUAAAACCCUAAUUAUUCUGCUAUUCGUCACCAUGACUGUCCCUUCUUCUAAGAAUCGAGGCGAUGUUGUGAAAAAUGAGAUGCCUUCCUAUUUUUAUUUGCCAUCGCUGGAUAUCUCUGUAGCAUUUCCUCAAGCGACUCCAGCCUCUAUAUUUCCUCCAUGUGCUUCAGAUUACUAUCAAUUUAAUGACAUAUUGACUCUGGAGGAGCAGGCUGUUAGAAUGAAAGUAAAAGAGUGCAUGGAAAAAGAAGUUGCUCCUAUAAUGGCUGAGUAUUGGGAGAAGGCUAAGUUUCCUUUCCAUGUUAUUCCAAAACUUGGCGCACUGCGUAUUGCUGGUGGCACUAUCAAGGGUUAUGGAUGCCCUGGUCUUUCUGUUACUGGAAGUGCUGUAGCCACAGCAGAAAUUGCUAGAGUUGAUGCAAGCUGUUCAACUUUCAUUUUGGUUCAUUCAUCCUUGGCAAUGCUCACUAUUGCUUUGUGUGGAUCAGAAGAUCAGAAGCAAAAGUAUCUACCUUCAUUGGCACAGCUACGCACUGUAGCAUGUUGGGCUUUAACUGAGCCUGAUUAUGGAAGCGAUGCCAGCGCUUUAAAGACAACAGCAACAAGGGUUGAAGGAGGUUGGAUCCUUGAGGGCCAGAAACGCUGGAUAGGAAACAGUACAUUUGCUGAUUUGUUAGUUAUCUUUGCUAGGAAUACCACAACAAAUCAGAUAAAUGGGUAUAUUGUGAAAAAGGAUGCACCUGGUUUGAUAGUCACGAAAAUAGAGAACAAAAUUGGACUCAGGAUCGUUCAAAAUGGAGACAUUCUUUUGAAGAAAGUUUUUGUCCCUGAUGAGGAUAGAAUUCCUGGAGUGAACUCUUUUCAGGAUACAAAUAAGGUACUUGCUGUUUCGCGUGUGAUGGUUGCUUGGCAACCUAUUGGCAUUUCAAUGGGCAUAUAUGAUAUGUGUCAUAGGUACCUAAAGGAGAGGAAACAGUUUGGAGCACCAUUGGCAGCUUUCCAAAUCAAUCAACAGAAACUUGUUCAGAUGCUUGGUAACAUUCAAGCAAUGAUUCUUGUUGGUUGGCGCCUUUGCAAGUUGUAUGAGAAUGGUAAAAUGACUCCAGGUCAUGCCAGCUUAGGGAAGUCGUGGAUCACCUUGAGGGCAAGAGAAACAGCUGCCCUGGGACGUGAAUUACUUGGUGGCAAUGGAAUUCUGGCUGAUUUUCUAGUGGCAAAGGCAUUCUGUGAUUUGGAACCUAUUUAUACGUAUGAAGGCACAUAUGACAUUAACACACUGGUUACAGGAAGGGAAGUUACUGGUUUAUCCAGCCUCAGGCCUGUUGCCCAAAGAAGUCGACUGUAAAAAUAAACAUGCUCCGAUUCCAUGCUAAGCCAAUAUCAUGAAGCCGAUUUGUAGUAGACAAUGCGUGCCUUGUCACUUACGAAUCACAUUCACAAUAUUUGCUGCACAAGACUUGAUCUCAUUAAAUUAAAGUUGCAUAUUUGUUAAUUUUUAACUACAGAUUUAACUAAUUGGCAUCAUUCUGGACGUACACGGCUAAAAAAGUUAGUCCAUUAGAGUAAGAUUAGAUUUGACAUUUGAAAUGUUGAGACAUUGAACUGUAAAUUUGAAAAGGUUGUAGGGGUUAUGAUU